UCGCGAUCAGCUUCUUCGCUUGGUUUCCACUCUGCUCUCUCGUCGAUCGAUCGAUCUUCGACGUCUCGCGACGUUUCCGUUUCCGCGUGCCCUCGUCAGCAAGAUGCAGCGCAGAUUUACGGUGUUCGCCGUCCUCGCGAUGACGGUCACUUCGGCCGUCAUCGCCUCGGAACAAGUGUUCACAAUGUGCAUCCCAGAGAAGUACUCAAAAGAGUGCGAAAAAAUGAUGGAGGACUCGGCCAGCCAUGGCUACCCUAUAGCGUGCAUCUCCGGGCGUGACCGAUACGACUGUAUCGAAAGGAUCGGCUGGAAGGAGGCGGACAACGUCGCCGUCGAUCCUGAGGACAUGUACCUCGCGACGAAGAACAAGCUGGCUGAGAAGGCCGGCUACAACAUUGUCGAGCAGGUGAGGACGAAGGAGGAGCCCGAAGCGAUAUAUCGUUACGAGGCGGUAGCGGUGGUGCACAAGGACCUGGACAUCAACAACGUCCAAGGCCUGAGGGGCCUCAAGUCCUGCCACACCGGCGUAGGCCUCAACGUCGGCUACAAAAUUCCCAUUACGAAACUCACCGCGAUGGGCGUGCUGACCGAUGUCAACAACCCGGAAUAUUCCGCUCGCGAGAAUGAGCUUCGCGCUCUAAGCACGCUCUUCGACAAAGGCUGCUUGGUCGGCACGUGGUCACCCGAUCCCGCGAUCAAUCAGAGGCUCAAGGAGACAUACAGCAAUAUGUGCGCUCUUUGCGAGAAACCGGACGUGUGCGAUUAUCCAGACAAAUACUCCGGAUAUGAGGGCGCUUUGCGUUGCCUGGCUCACAACGGCGGCCAGAUCGCCUGGACGAAGGUUAUCUACGUGAAACGCUUCUUCGGUCUGCCUGUCGGAGUGACACCAGCAGUACCGACCUCUGAGGAUCCGGCUGAUUUCCGAUACUUCUGUUCUGACGGCAGCAAAGUGCCCAUCGACGCCGACACGAAGCCGUGCACGUGGGCCGCUCGACCGUGGCAAGGAUACAUGACCAACGGAGACGACGCCAACAAUGUGCAAGCUAUUCAGAAGGAAUUGACACAGCUGGGCCAGCUGGGUGAGAACGAGAAGGCAGAUUGGUGGAAGGACCUCAUGCUGCUCGACGAGAAGACCUUGGCUGUCGCCGCGCCGCCGGUGUCGCCGGAAGAGCACCUGAAGAGCGCGAAAUAUAUGGACGUGAUCGAGAGGAAUUCCGGAGCGCCCGAGAGGGAUGCCCGUUGGUGCGUCUCGGAUGCGAACGCGCUGAACAAGUGUUGGAAUCUCGCUAGGGCCGCGUUUUUCAGAGACGCCCGACCUAGGUUCGACUGCAUCCUGGAGAAGGAUCAGGCUGCUUGCUUGAAGGCCGUGAGGGAUAACGGAGCAGACAUAACCGUGAUCGAUAGCAGCUCGGUGAAGCAGGCGAUCAGCGAGUACAACAACGUGAAACCGAUCGUCGCUUUUGUUACAUCGACGUCGUACACGUGACAUCGUCACGAGUAUGCUCCUCUCUUCCAAACGCCUUCGUACAAACUGCUGAUUCCUCUGAGCCUCUUCUCUUAAUCCCUCUUCUCAUUUCUUUCCUACACGCGCUUUUCCGCACGAGCGGGCGCGAUCUCUCAUCCUCGUCGCGAUAAAUUUUAAAUUGAUCUUUUCUUGGGAUGGUAAGCUUCUGUUGUAUCGACGUCGUACACAUGACAUCGUCUUUCCGAUUUUCCGCAUUACCCGCUGAUAGUCCUCUUUUCUUUUUCAUAUCGCUCUUACUUUCAACGAACUUGGCAUUUUGACUCAGAUUUAUGUUUUCCUUCUUCUCGGUCAAAUCAGGCUUCGAGAUUGUCCUUUUGUGACAUUUCGUCCAGUAAAUAUUCUUCGACAUGGCUCUACAAUUGUAAAUUGCACGCAUAGGAUGAUUCACAAUCAAUUAAUUAAUAUGUGCAACGUUAUUUAAAUACUAUAUAUGUAAAAGUGUACUAUUAAUUAUUAACUUGGUGACGAUAAGAACUAUAAAUUCAACGAAAAUAAAUUAAAGUUUCGGCGAUAUA